GGAGAAAUGUCUGUCGUCUGUCUUCAUGAAGCUGUUAUGCCAUGUGCUCCAUGUGCUCCAUGUGCUCAUCAUUAAGCCUAAUUAGCGCAUUGUAUAUUUCUAGGCGGGUCGAAGCCACUGUUUGUUCCUUUUCAGUCUUGGUAAAGGUCUUUAUCCCGUAUUUUGGUUUAACGUGACCGGAAUCUUGCGAUGUAUCAGUGGGAGUUCAGAAUGUUUUAUUUGUCGGGUUCUAUAGUACUAGCGGUAUCUCUUCUGUGCAAUCUUGAACAUGUUGUUGGGAAAUGCAUUCCGUCCAAAUGUGUGGAUCCAAACACCUGCAUCUUAUCAGAGGAUGAACUUGGGUGUAAAUGCGCACCGGGUUAUUUUGGAGACCAGUGUGACCAGAGUGCUAUGAUGAACGUUGUGUGUGGAAAAGAUGCAAUCACCAUCUCUGUGAUUGAAGACUUUUUCAUAUACUACAACGUCGGCCUUGGGUCCGUUCACUUGACCAACCCCGAGUGUCGUGCCAGAAAGGAGGUGAUUGCCGGUGUUGCGUUUUACACUGUGCGAACACCGAAGGACAAGUACGAGUUCUGUGGUGGUAAACCCAUUGAGAAAAACAUUACCCAUGUGAUUUACUCGCUGACAUUGAUGUCUGAGCAGCAAGUGUACGCCAACAUCAUAAGGGACCCAGCCAUACAGAUCGAGUACAAGUGCGUCUACCCGUUCAUCCGCACAGUCAGCAUGCUUUAUCCCAUUGUCCCCAUCACAAGUGAGGCGGUGUUGCGUAUGGACGAGCUGGACGCAACAGUCGAAAUGAGUGUGUAUAGAGACGAGAGGUAUGUGGAAGUCUUCGCAGGCGUGCCCACUGUGCAUUUCAGAGACAGGGUAUUCGUGCAGGUCAGUGUGACUCGGCCAAGGGACUUCUUCAACCUGAGGGUGGACGAGUGCUGGGCCACACAGACUCCCAAUCCCAACGACACAUCAAGCCUCACACACACACUCCUGCUGGACGGGUGUGCUGAAGAUGAAUCGGUCUUGUUUAUAACAAAAUCGAUUACCUAUCGUAACGGUACGAUGGCCCAAGGGGGACAAAACGGCGUGAGCUCCACUGUGCGUUUCUCCUUCGAAAUGUUUCGCUUCAUCACCGAGCCCUAUGAGCUUUACUUGCACUGUAUAGUUCACCUGUGUACCCAAGGACAUGGAGAGUCCUGCAUUCCUGAAUGUAAAUCCAUCAUCAAGAGGGAGGCUUCCACAAAGGAGCCCGUUGAAGGUAUUUUGUCUUAUGGCCCCAUCAGACUUGAAGUGCCUGAGCGGCAGAGCACGAACAUGCUUUUCACCUUGAUUCUGCCCAUGGCUGCAGUCUGGGUCCUGGCACUCUUUCUACUCAUCCUUAUCUCCAUUGCCAGGGCAGGAAACAAGCGCAUGGUUUCAGAAUCUCCAUCAUAAUGCGCCUGCACCAACCUUUUAUUUUAUUUAUUUUUAUGUUCAGUAUGUGCUUAUACUGCCUUGGUGGUGACUUGAGUGAACUAAAGAUG